GAGAAGUUCAGCAGCAGCAGCGUGUUUGUGUGUGUUUUAGUAAACGUUGUGUAACUGCUGGAAACUUUAAUAGCUAGACUUUUAAACUAAGGCUGAAGAACUGCGGGAGUUGAGAGUUGGGUGCCGCUGGUUUGUAUUGUAAAUUGUCAGGCUGCCCUUCCUGUGAGCGGCGAGUUUAGGAGACGAAAGUCACGAAGACCAUGGCCGCUCCAGUGUAUCUAGCCGAGGGUGUUCAGGUACGUGGUGGUGACCCAUACUACACAGAGGUCAUCAGCAAGAGGAUGCGGGUGCCUGAACGGCUGAGAGUUGGCCAAGGAGGCCCAGCUGAAGAAACGAGGCCGGAGAAUCUGCAUGCUGUCUACAGCAUGCAUGUACCAGACAGAUUAGCCCUAACAGAUGCUCCUGACCUUAGUCCACGGCCGCUCUUCUCCAAGCAAAGUGCCACAUCAAUGUGGGAUCUGCAGCAUGGAGCGUGGGAUAAAGAGGCACACAUGCGAGAGAGCAUUCAGAGCCCACUACGUAGGUCAUACAGCGACCAGACGUUUGGUAGAACCCCACCAGGAACCCCCACACACUCUAAACAAGCACUGCACUCUCCUUCUGUCAGCCGCAGUGCUGGAAGAGCACCCCCUGUAGGCCCAGACCCGCCCCUGCCCGAGCCCCUGCAGUUCUCCAACCUCCCGCCCAGCCUCCUGUCCCCACAGAGCAUGCUGCAGGCGGCCAGGCAGCUGGGUCAGCGGGCCUCAAAGAAACUCCUCCAGACUGUCACUCAAAAAUACUCCACCAGGUUCGGUUUCCCGGAAAACCCUCCUCCUCAGCCAGUCGAGGUCCACAUUGAUCAGACCAGGAAAAGCACCAUGCAGGAGUCCUGGCUCAGUCCUGAGGAAGAGAAUGGAACUGCAGUCGAGUUCAUCGUGCUUCGCAGACAGGUGCUGAAGAUGAGCAGGCGGAUAGCUGGUCUUGAGAGGCAGAAUGCUGAACGCAAGCAGAACGAACUGGUGCUUCUCACUCUGCUGCUGUCUGCCUGCCUGCUUAAUGGCUGGCUGUGGAUGCGCAGAUAACCCUUCCAAACUCUCAGGCUGAUUAACUCCACUCCUCCAAAUCCACUCCUAGCAGGAAGGGUUCAGGCAGGGAGCCCUGCUACUAAACCAUGCCCUUGUGCAGUACAGUACGGUAUGUCCCAUCCAUUUGGAACCCAUUAGCCGGACUCAACUGAAACCAGGCCAGUUAUCAACCUCACCCACAAGAUAACACCUCACAGCUUAUUCAGGUAGUGGUGGUGUUCCCAAGCCGUCCCAGAGUUAGCACUUCACGAUUAAUUUACAUACUGUUAUCCCAUGACUUUUGGCAUGUUAGUGGAAUGUAGCAAUAGUAGUAUGAAUGACAGUUGGGAAGUUAUACUAACCAAAGAUGCACAGACUGGGUUAUGGUCAUUUACACAAUUCAUAGAAUGUCUGACCACAACACUAAAUAUUUUAUAAAUAUGCUGAAGGCCUUGAUAAGAAUGUUCGAACAUUUAGAUUUUUGGACAACCAACGCUAAUUUUUUUAUAUACAUGCAUGAAGUUUACUAAAAAUUUUUCUAUUUUAUCUUGCUGGACUGUGUUUGUAAUGUAAAAAAAUAGGUUAUUUAAUCCUGUUAUAUAAUGAAAUACUGUGUUUUGUUGAACAUUGUUGCUUGCCUUCCCUCUGAAGCAGUCUGAAGUUCAACACACAAAGGAAAACACACUUGCUCAGUAUAUUUAUUUAUUGAAAAAUUAAAUUAAUUUUUGUCUAAAAAAAAAAACAUAUUGGAACGUGUUCAGGAGUAUAAACAAAAAAAGGUCAAACCGUACAAGGACACUGUAUGAGAUGAAGUUUUGUAAAACAGAAUAUGUUUAAAAAGAAUACAAUUAAAUGAAUACAAAUGAA